UCUGAUAUCUAGUAUUUUUUUGGUGCUCCUAUAAAGAAAGUUGAUUGAUCUUUUAGAUGCAAAAAAAUGAAUCCUUGUCACAUUUUUUGGAUGGUUCUUUUUAUAUCCUGUUGCAUUUGUCAAGCAAGUAUUUUUACACUGUACACUUAAUAUUUCAAAUUGAUAUAGAAGACGUCUAAAAAAACAUUUAUACCUUAUUUUGUCGUUUUUCAAAACUCAACAGUUCAACGAGUGACUUUUUCGAGCCAUUUCAAAAUCUCCAUGUAAUUUUUCGGGGUUUUGAUUAUUCUGAAAAUCCAUCGAAAAUAUGAAACAAAUGAGGGUAAUGUCCCAUCUACAAAAAAAAUAGUCGUUUUGAAAAUUAAAAAAGAAAAAAAAAACAUUUGGGGAGCACCACGACUUUUGGUGGAUUUUUAAAUAUCCAAAAUUGAACAUUCGGCGAUUCGUACUUUGUUUUCUGCUCGGGCUCCUUCUGGAGAACUUUUGAAAUUAUGAAGAAAUCGAAAUUUUUUCAGUGACUUCGAAACUUAACAUUUAUUUAUUUAAAUGAAGGACUCCACAGCAUUUGAUCAAAAUCCUCAAACCCAACUUUUUUGCAAUCCUUAUGAGCAUUAAGUUUUUUUUUUAAUCAGAGAAAAUGAUAACUCCUGCCUAACAAAAAGAACAUGCAAUGGUUGAGGAAUGAACCCUCUGAAUCCAGUUUGAAUAUCGAUUCUGAAAAUGCGAUUCGAUGUGAUACGUACCUGAAAAAUCACGAAAUUCAGUAUACUUGGAUUAUUCGUAAUUUCAGUUAUUACCAGACUGAUGGCAAUUAUAAAACGAUUUUCUCCCCAUACCUGCAGGCACACACAACCGACAAAUACAUAUGGCAAAUUAAACUUACACCUAAUGGUUAUUGCGGUACAAGUAUUACGAAACCGAUAGGUCUAGAUCUAUACCUAUCCACCAGAAGUACCAUGGAUAGUGCAGUAGUGAAGUACAGCAUCUCAUUAAUAAAUCACGAAAAAGAAGUAUUACUAUACAGAAAUUCGCCCCAGGAAAAUAUCGCAAUGGGAUAUGGCAAAUACUGGAAAGAUUUUUGCCCGAAAGAUGAUUUAUUUCGAAAACGUAUACUGCAAAAUGGCACAAUAAUUUUAUCAAUCAACAUCGCAUGGCUAGGGGAGCUUUCACACGAAAUUUCCCACAAACGUGAAACAUCUCCAUUGUCGAGUGCCAUACCGAAGACUACCAUCAUAAAAUGUAUUCCUUUAGAAUACUUAGAUUCGAUGUUGGAAAAUCAGAAAUUGGCCGACAUGAUAUUCUCCUCAACUGGCAGCGAUUAUCGAUUCGAAACGUGCGUACAAGUUCACGAAUUAAAAUACAUUUGGGCGAUUCAUAAUUGCAGUCUUUACAAGAAAGAGAUUGUGUCGCCCAAGUUGCACGCAUCUACAACCGAUAGAUACGAAUGGCAAAUUAGUGUUUCAACCCGUGAUGAAAAUUCGGUCGGAUUGUACAUACAGCUAUCCAGAGAGAGUAAAGUUAAAAAGACGUUCGCGAAGUACAAUAUUUCAAUCAUAAACCACCAUAAUGAAGUAUUACACGAAAGAAAAUCGCCGAUUGAAAAAUUAGAAUCCGGACAAGAAAUUCACUGGGAAUUCUGCAAGAAAUGUGACUGUUUCCGGGAAGAUCUGCUGAUAAACGACACGCUAACACUUUUAAUCCACAUAAAAUGGAUUUCCGAAUCUUCUAAUAACAACGUUUCUCUCCCUCAAACUACUCAUUCGCCUGCUCCAACAUCUAAGCCUGCCAUUAUCAACCACAGUAAUUUUUCUGAAAACUUAGAAUCGAUGCUGGAAAAUCCCCAAUUCGCCGAUGUCAUAUUCGUAACGAAUGGCAGCAAUUAUCCGGCUCAUAAGGCUAUUUUGGCUGCCCGCAGCUCCGUUUUCGCCACCAUGUUUCAACAAAAAGACGCGAAAUAUGGAAAAUUGAGAAAAAUUCGAAUCAACGUUACACACAUCAACGAACAAGUGUUACGCGCUAUGCUACGAUACAUUUACACAGGGAAAUGUGAAAAUUUUGCACAGCUAGCGUACGAUGAAUUAUUUGUAGUUGCUGCGAAGUACGGUUUAAAGGGAUUGCAAGACAUUUGCGUGCAAAAUCUCUAUGUGGCUUUGAUGGCUCGGAACGCUGAAAGCAUCGCAUCGACGAAUUAAAAUUCAAAGCCAGAGAAUUACUGAAAUUCAGAUCGACUCAAAAGUUGAAUACAACUGCUGAGAUAUACCGAAAUGUUGGGGAUUUUUAUAUAGGUAUUGGGUUGAGAAAUUCGCGAAAGUAGGGAACAAAUCGUAUGAAAAAAUUACCAAAAUUAUGGGUUUUUACUUCUUGAAUUAAGUAUGAACUUUCAAAAGGUUUCUUCUGCCUUUCUCCGAUCUACCGGAGUUGUAGAGCAGAAAAAUUGACUUCUCACAUCAAAAAUAAUGUUGCUUUACUUGAAAUUUCCAAAAAAAAAAUAAAUAGAGGAGAAGGUACAAAUAUGGACCCCCUCUAGCUUUUUGGCUUUAAAGAGUAGAAAAAAUUAUCAAAUUUUUUUUUCGAGUUUACCAUUUGAAAGGCCAAAGACUCUAGUAUAUCGUGUAAAAAAAUAUAUUUUUUUUGUUGAAAACUCACGGAGAAAUUUGAAAUUUAGAAAAGUGACAUAAAAUGGUACAAAUAUGGACCCCCCUCAAAAAUGAAUAAAAAUUUCAGAAAAUUGAACAAAAACU